AUGGCGAUCAAAAUCAAAGAGGACGUGAAAAAGCAGAUUGAUGCAGGUUUCCUUGUCACAUCAGAGUAUCCACAGUGGUUGGCCAACAUUUUGCCAGUUCCCAAGAAGGACAGAAAGGUUCGCUUGUGCGUUGACUAUAAAGAUCUAAAUAAAGCCAGUCCUAAGGAUGACUUUCCUCUGCCACACAUUGACAUGUUGGUCGAUAGCACCGCCAAGUUCAAGGAUGAAACAGGAAGAAAAGAGUAUGACAUCUAUUAUUUGAGCAAGAAAUUCACUGACUGCGAGUCCCGACAUUUCAUGCUAGAGAAAACUUAUUGUGCUCUGGCUUGGGUUGCCAAGCGUCUCCGUCAAUAUAUGAUGAAUCACACAACUUGGUUGAUGUCCAAGAUGGAUCCGAUUAAGUAUAUCUUUGAAAAACCUGCAUUGACCGGAAGAAUUACUCAUGAAGAUGUGAUGUACUUAAAAGCCAAAGAUUGCAAUGAACCACUUCUAAAUGAAAAGCCAGAGCCAGGUUCUCAAUGGGGUUUAAUAUUUGAUGGAGCAGUUAAUGCUUAUGGUAAUGGUAUAGGGGAAGUAAUCAUCACUCCUCAUGGCUCACAUAUCCCUUUUACUGCAAGAUUAACAUUCAAGUGCACGAACAACAUGCCGGAAUACGAAGCUUGCAUCAUGGGUCUAGAAGAAGCCAUUGAUCUUAGAAUAAAAAAUCUCAAUGUUUAUGGAGACUCAGCUCUACUUGUCAAUCAAAUUAAAGGAGAAUGGGAAACUCGUCAACCCGGCCAAAUCCCAUACAAAGACUAUGCAAGGAGGUUAUCUACUUUCUUUAACAAUAUUGAAUUUCAUCACAUCCCUCGUGAGGAAAAUUAG